AAAUGGGGGGAAACAGGGACCUCGAAGAAGUGAAGUUUUUAUGAACAGAAUUGUAAAAGACCAAGUUGAUUAGUGUUGAGCGUAUACUGACACUUCACUUUUUUACACUUAACCUCAAUUCUAUAAGAGGAAACCAUCUACGACAUUAUUCUUUGACGAUAGUUUGAAGACUACUUGCAAAGUCCAGUUUAACGCUCCUGGAAACUCUAAGUUGCUUUUAAAACGAUCUAUAACAUUACUAAUUGAAAAUUUUAUCUUUCGUAUUAUUAUAUAUCAACGAUGGACAAAACUAGGAAGAGGUCUACAGAAGAGAGCCUGCGCUUCAUCAGGCAGUCCCUAAAAUCGGAUGAAAUGGAUCACCUCGAAGGUAUCCACUUCGAUGGACUGUAUCCGCACGUUUUCAUCACACUCGGUGCUUCUGGUGACUUAGCCAGAAAGAAGAUCUACCCGACGUUAUGGUGGCUAUUCAGGGACAAUCUUUUGCCAAAAACCACAACUUUCUUCGGCUAUGCGCGGACUCACAUGACGGUCGCUCAGUUACGUUUAAAGUGCCAUCCCUACAUGAAGGUAAAACCAGAGGAACAGGAGAAAUAUGAGGAGUUCUGGAGACUGAAUUCUUACGUUCCCGGGUCAUACGACUCACAAGAACCUUUCGAGUUAUUAAAUAAUGAAUUGAAAAAACACGAACAAGGCUACCAUAAUGCUCACCGGUUGUUCUAUUUGGCCUUGCCACCGAGCGUGUUUGAAAGCGUCACCGUACACAUCAGAAAUGUUUGUAUGGGCGACAAAGGUUGGACAAGAGUGAUUAUAGAGAAACCAUUUGGCAGAGAUGCAAUCACAUCACAGCGUUUGUCUGAUCAUCUAGCAUCCUUGUUUAAAGAAGAACAGAUUUAUCGUAUUGACCAUUACUUAGGCAAGGAAAUGGUUCAAAAUUUGAUGACACUCAGGUUUGGUAAUAGAAUAUUUAGUCCAACCUGGAAUAGAGAAAAUGUGGCUUCUGUGCAAAUUACAUUCAAAGAACCAUUUGGUACACAAGGGAGGGGUGGCUACUUCGAUGAAUUUGGAAUUAUUAGGGAUGUGAUGCAGAACCACUUGUUGCAAAUCUUGUCGUUGGUUGCAAUGGAGAAGCCUGCAUCUUGUCAUCCCGAUGAUAUACGAAAUGAGAAGGUUAAAGUCUUAAAGUGUAUGAAACCGUUGGAACUAGAGAAUGUAGUGUUAGGUCAAUAUGUUGGGGAUCCUGAUUCAGAUGAUCCUGAAGCUCAAUUAGGCUACUUAGAUGAUUCUACUGUUCCACGUGGUUCUAACACACCUACAUUUGCUUUAGCUAUUCUGAAAAUUAAUAACGAGCGGUGGGACGGUGUACCUUUCAUCCUUAGGUGUGGGAAAGCGUUAAAUGAACGAAAAGCAGAAGUUAGAAUACAAUAUCAAGACGUACCCGGUGAUAUAUUUGAUGGAAAGGCCAAAAGGAACGAAUUAGUGAUAAGAGUACAACCUGGUGAGGCUUUGUAUAUUAAAAUGAUGACAAAAUCGCCUGGUAUUACGUUUGAUAUGGAAGAAACCGAGUUAGACCUUACUUACGGUUGUAGAUACAAGGAUUUAAAACUUCCUGAUGCAUAUGAACGAUUAAUAUUGGAUGUAUUUUGUGGUUCACAAAUGCAUUUUGUACGUAGCGAUGAGCUUUCAGAAGCGUGGAGGAUCUUCACGCCAUUGCUUCAUCAAAUAGAGAACGAACAAAUUAAACCCAUUCCUUACAAGUACGGUUCUCGUGGACCUAAAGAAGCUGAUGAAGUAGCGAAACAAAACAACUUUGCUUAUUAUGGCUCCUAUAAAUGGGUAAAGCCAUAAUGCUUCAGAUAUCUUCACUAUAUUCAAUAUUGUCAAUAUCAUAAGCCACAGAAAUCUGUACUUCAAUUCAUUAUCUGUGAUCAUAGCAUCCCAUAUUUUUUAUAUCAAUAGUUAUACGAUACUUAUCCAAAAUUUUAUAUACAUAUAUAAUCAAUUUAUACAACUAAUUUAUUAAUAUAUCGAAUUAUAUGGCCUAUUAAAGCAGUUUUUAAGCAUACAAUGGGGAAAGUGUACAUUUUAGAUGACAAAUGAGAUAUGUAAAUGCCUAUAAAUAAAACGUGAUCAUUUGAUUUAUAACUUUAUACAAUCUCAAGUAAUUUAUAUUGUUAUAAAAUGUUUUAUACACUUUUAUACGACAAAUGUAAUUUAUGAUAUGACAGCUUAAUGAACCAUUUAAAAAUUACAACUGUGUGUAGAUCAUAAUUUUAUUUAAUUUUGACCAUUUAAAUAUAACGCCAAUCACAUGAAAUAUUAUGUACAGUAGCCGAAGUAUCAUAAAUUAUACGUAAUUAAUACAUCGCGUUGAAACAGUUUAAUUAUACAUUAUAAUAAAUAAGUAAGAGAAAGUUGAAUUAUUCAGUCUAUUAGUUUCAUAUUUUAUAUUUUACACGAUUCAUUAUCAAAUAAAGUAAAAAAUGAUAACAAAAAUGCAUAAGCCAUUCCUGCUUUCUGCACGUUUGAAAUUUUAUAAAUUUCUAUAAGACUGUUUCUAUUAUUCAGCUCUCUCCCUCAAUCUCUUUCUUCCUUGCAUACUAAGAGACUAGCUAAAUACAAAGACACAGGUCAGACACAUAUAAUUGCCACAUUUAAUAAUGAACCAAGAAAAUGUUUAAAGUACGAAGUUAGCAAAUAUUUCUUUUAAAUAUGAUUCCAAUUGAAUUAAAAUAUAUGUUAAAAUUUCUUUUUGUAUUUUUUUGUAAAUAUUGUAAAGGUUAUAAUCAUAUAUAUUAUCCUUAUAACAAUGGAAAAAUUGAGUACAUAUAAAAAUUAUACAAAAUACAA